AGCUGAUCACUGCAUCGCAUGAUAAUAAAUCCCAAAUUCAUAACCACAGACGGAAAAGCGUCAGCAUACUCCAGCAAUUCGUCAUGCAGCAAUAAUUACCAAGUAGCAUCCGCAGCAAAAAUAAGUAAAUCAUCAUCCCGCUCCUGUUUUUCCACGGAGGAUUAAAAGCGGAGGAAAUGCGCAGAUGCCGGUACGCAGUAAAAUAAAAAGACCAGCAUCGCGGAUCCGCAAGACGCUGAGUAAUCCGCUCCCGCCCAUCUCUGACGCAUCCGUUAAUUAUGCAUCCGCCGCUGUAGUACUUUAAUACUUGUGUAUUUACCCAUGCAGCGCGCGUCACGCUCCACUUGCUACAGUGAAAACCAGAGCACAAGCCCAUUAAGCCCCUAUUUAUAGCCGAUAUCCUGCAAACACUCCAGUCUCCUCCACGACUCUCGACAAGCCGAUUUAUUUGGACACAAUCCAAAGUACCUGACUCCGCAAAAACACAAUAAUCUCGCCUCGCUCAGCAACCGCAAAACCGGGGCGGUGUUUCACAGCGCAAGUGUACAACUUCCCUGUAGCUGCUCGUCCAUCACAUGCUGUGCAAUUGCCCGUUUUCGACGCGUCAGUUAUUGAUCAAUUUUUGGCGCUUGUCGCGUCUUAGAAAUCCCUUCAUCGUUUUUUUCCACCCUGUUUUUUUCUGUUGAUCUGUUUCUGGAAUUUUCUCCAGUGUUGGGUUGAUAUUUUCACCUGAGCGGUUGAUACGCGACAGGUUCGGUGUGUUGUGGUUUUGGCGUUUUAGUGGCGUUGAUCAUAAUGCGGAAUUAUUCCCGCCGCGGGCGAUAUUUACUACAGGCGUUUAAUCGUCGCGGUUAACGUCGGUUUCUCUUCACGCUUGAGGAGAACAAAAUGUUUCUGUGUAGUAUGACGCGAUAAUGACCGUUUCUGUCAAGAAAACCUCGGUGACCAGGCGCUGGCCGCGCGGGGUGCAUUGUCCCCCCUGACAAGACACCCCUCUCUGGGGGCGACGCUGUACGCGCCGGUGCAACACUUAUCCCGGAUUAUUUUUCUGAAUCUUAUUCAUCCUUCAUCACUCUAAUUUUCUGGAUAAAAACUCUCCCAUUGAUCGUCAACACCGGUGCAAAAAUCCUCGCCCCAAAUUGGGGGACUGAAUUUUCCUUUGAUUUUUGUUGGAAUUUUGCUGAUUUAUUUUCCAUUUUAUUCCCCACCGAAUUUCUCGGGGUUUAUUUUUUGUUAUAAUUUUUUUUCCGAUGCCGGAAUCACCGUUGGACGGGGCGGCGGCCCGCGCGCUCUUCAGUAACGGGGAGGUGCCGAAUAAAUCGACGUUAUCGCUGGGGUACGGGACGGUGGAGAAGGAUUACCAGCGGAAAUUCCUGCAGGGUAAUGGCGCGGUCGCCGGGGGCGGGGGCGGCGGCGACACGGACAAGGGGCAGUUGGAGCGCCUGCUGAAGAACAGCAACGUCAAUCCGGCCAAGAAGUUCAUUCGCGACGCUAAUUGGGGCCCGAAUCAUAUUAUCCGCGCGCAUCUGUGGAUGCAGUUGGCUAAGCGGCUGACGUCGGACAGUGACUGGCAGCAUUCGGUGCAGUUUUAUCGGGAUAAUCUCCCCGAUGCCUACCGUAAACAGGAAGGUAGUGGACAGCGCACCAUUCCGCUGCCGGUGUUCUGCGACGCGGCCAUGACCAACACGUACCACCUGAACGACGAAGGACGCUACCGCUGCCAGAAAGUGCUGACAAUGAUCGAGGCUAACCAGCCGGCGAUCACGUUCGCCCCGGUGCUGUACCCGGUGACGGCGCUUCUCCUGCACUUUAUCGAGGACGAGGCGCAGGUGUUCGCCUGCGUGGACGCCCUGCUGCGGCCGCGCACUGUCCCGCGCCGCUUCACCGGCGAAUCAUUACACGCCAGCCGCUCCGCCUCCCACACCGUCGCCGAGCUGGUGCGCCGUCGCAUGAAAAAAGUGUACAAUUUCAUCCUGCAUUCCAUCGGAUCCACACCCAUCGAUGAUUUCUUCGAUAACUGGCUCAGAUGGAUAUUCGUCGAUCUCCCCUUCGAAGUCGUGAUUCGGAUCGUGGACUGUUACCUAUACGAAGGCAUGAAAGUGCUCUUCCGCAGCGCCUUGGCAAUACUGAAAAUAUUCCACCGAAACUCGGGCCAACCGGCAUCGCUGCCGAAUCUGUCGGCGUCUAUCUCCCGUUACUGCCGCGAAUGGCCGUCGCACAGCAGCAGCACGGAGCUGUUGAAAGUCGGCUUCGCCUUCUCGCGGCUGUCGCAGGAACAGAUCCUGCUGAUGAUCCGCGACUACGAGCAGGUUAUUAAAUCUGCACCGGCCGCCGAUCUCCUCAACCAGAACAGCGCCACCGACCUCCGUCCGCGGGGGCUGGAGCACCACCGGCGCAGUCUCAGCGUCCCGCUGCCUUUCGUCCCCGCCGAAUUAUUACAGCGCAGCCGUAUCCUCAAUCAAGACCAGCUGUACUGUCUGUGGCAGUGGUUGCCGUUGCGGCACCGCAUCUGCCAGCCGACACUGCUGUACACGUCGGAGGAACACGGCGUCAGUCUGGUGACCUUUUUCCAGCAAUGCGGGAAUAACGAGCCGACCCUCCUCAUCGUUAAGACCAAAACCGGCGACGUCUUCGGGGCCUUCUGCAGUCACAGCUGGGAGAACCGCCACCUGGGGGGUAAAAAUCUGAGUUAUUUUGGAACGGGUGAAUCAUUUUUAUUCGCGCUAUUCCCCGAGCAGAAGAUUUACCAGUGGGUGGGGCUCGGAAAGGAGGUGACGCCCAGUCCGAGUAGCUGCCUGUUCAUGGCGGCCGAUUCGAAUUGUCUGAUUAUCGGCGGCGGCGGCGGAUUCGGCAUCCGCUUCGACUCCACGUUGGCCAUGGGCCGCACCGAGACCUGCACCACCUUCGCCAGUCCGCCGCUGUCCGAUGCGCCGUCGGGCGAUUUCCAGUGCACCGUCGUCGAGGUCUUCGGAUUCGCCAAUUAAUUCCCCGAAUUUAUCCUGAAUUUAAUCCGAAAAAUCACAGAAGUUAUCCAAGUAAUUUCUGAAUUUAUCAGGAUUUAUUCGGAAAAUUGGCCAAUAAUUGGCGAAUUUAUCAGGAAUUGUCUGGCAAAUAUCGGAAGAAAUUGUUCAGUAACUUUGGGAUUGAUCGGGCUCGCGGGAAAAUUUACAGAAAUCAUCCAAAUAAUUUCGGAUUUUGUUUUUCAAAAAAAAAAUCCGGAAUAAUCCAGCAUAUAUUCUGCAUCAGAAUUACGACUGCGGAGAAACUGAAAGAAAUUUCGAAGCUUUGAAAUUGUUCUUUAUUUUGAAUGUCUGGAGAUCUCUCUUCAUUUGUGGCAGACAGCUUUCCCGGAAUUUAUGAUUAUUUUUGGGUGGAAAAAUCGCUACGAAAUGUUGGAAAAAUUCCGGGAAAACAUAUGAUUACUAUUUUUCUCUUGGAUUUGGGAGAAAUUGGAGAAGUCGACAUGUGAUUCGUCUGUGCAGAUUUUUGAUUAAUCUACCGUUGAAACCAAAGCCGUUUCCCUCAUUUAUGCACACACAAUUCAAGACAGUUCCUAUUUCACAAAAAUGCGAUUGAUGAAUUUGACGCUGCGCUUUCGUGUUGCCGUUGGUGGAUUGUCGUUGGCCCGAUUUUGCUUCUUGUGUGCGUUCACUAACAUUCCACGGUGGUUGUUGAAUUUUGUUUUGUACAUAAACCAUAGUCAAAGUGUGUCGCCACAAUAACGGUUGAAAUGUGAUGAUUUAAUUACUUUGUCUAUUCGUGCGCUCCGCAUUGGCCGCUUACAGGAUCCCGCCGGUUCCUGUUGUACCGUUUCUCUUCGUUUGUGCCAAUGUUUUCCUAAUGGUUUCUAGUCAUUUUGUGCGAUACGUUAUGGUGCCCAUGUAAUAAGCGGACUGCGAUGUGGAAUAAACAACUCUCU